AUGCAGGUAGACACGCACCCACCCGCGUCUAUCGCCUCCCUCAUGGCUUCUGCAGCCAGCGUCUCGCGCACCGUCCCGCAAAAGCGGAAGGAACCCCCCGCAGAACCCACCUCGCGCCCCAGCCCUCCCGCACGCGCCGACUCCAUGUCUGAGACAGACGCCGGCACCCAGAGCACGUCCCCCACCGACGAGUACGGCAGCGGCCGCAUCAUCUGCGAGACCUGCGGCGACGGCAUCUCCAUCCGCGACGAGGCUACCGGCGCCUUCACCGUGAAGCACUGGGACGCGCACCGGGUCACAUGCCAGAACGCUUCCCAGAACCCGCCCGAGUUCGCGCCCGACACGCCCAGUGCCGCGCCCGACGCGUCGCAGCCACUUGCCAAGCGGCGCCGCGCGAAGCGCACCGAGGAGGAGCGCAUCGACUACCUCCGUGGCGACCCGUACGUCGCCAAGUUCGAGGCGUACCGCGUGCUGUGCGCGUCGUGUGACAAGUGGAUUCGCCUCCGGCCGAACUCGACGUACUGCUCGAUCCCAUGGGACGCGCACCGCAAGAGCUGUCUCGCGAAACGCCACACUAAAACCGCCCGCCCAGUGGACGACCGCAAUGCGAUGUUCACGUCGGAUCCCAAUAUCAAGCGGUUCGACAGCGAGCGCGUGCUCUGUCGCAUAUGUGAAAAAUGGGUCUCGAUCGUAUCAGAGAACAACGCUGCUGCGGUUAAGAUGUGGAUGCAGCAUCGUUCUGCGUGCCAACCAGCCUCUUCGCCCGGUCCUGGCUCGUCCACGUCCAAGUUCAACAUAGCCAACGUACCUCCUCCGCCGAAGCAUCUUCUCGCUCUUGCCUCGUCCUCUUCUUUGCCUCCUCCGCCGCCCGCGUCUGCACACGUGUCCACGGUGUCUAACCCGGCCCAACCUUCUCCCUCUGUGCGAUCCUCUUCGACAGGAACUUUCUCCACGUCGUUCAAGGAGUUUACGCCAAACGCCCUCCCGCAGGAGUCGCGGAGGCGAAACGCAGAUCAGCGAGCCGCGGCCUUACGUGCGGACCCGCUUCUGGGCGAGGUCGAGCCGGCUCGGGUAUUCUGUAAGCUCUGCCAGAAGUGGGUUCAGCUGCGGCAAGACAGCACCUUCUGCUCGUACCCCUGGCUCCAGCACCGUGUCAAAUGCUUGCAGAGGCGGCAAAAAAUCGCAGAGCGAGAAGCGGCGAUCGCGGAGCUCCGUGCCGCGCGAGACGCCGCGCUCGAGGGCCAGCUUGUCGUGUCCGACUCCAGCGCGACGCCCGAGCCGGAGGAAGACGCCGAGGGAGUCGAGGACGCGGACCGGGCGCAUCACAGGGAGGAGCGGCGGCGCGCCAAGGCGAUGGCGAAGGCCGAAGCUGCGACGGCGCGGCUGCGGCAGCUCGAAGGCGCACACGGCCGGUCGGCAUCUGCGCCUUCGAGCGAGGACGAUGAUGCGAUGUGGGAUUACAUCGAUGUCGACGUCGCCGCGCCGCCUAAGCUCGCCGACCUGGAGUCGCCCACCGGAAGGCUCGAGUUCGUCGCGAGGUCCAUACGGCAUCUCUACAGGGUGACGUACGAGCGGGCCGACGAGCUCACGAUCGCGACGCUGGUCACGUACCUCAACGCGACGAUGCCGCCGGACAAGCACGAGGACUUCGACACGGCGGAGGUGACGAAGGCGGCGAUGGCGCUGCAGGAGCGCGGCUCGUUCGUCUUCGAGGGCGACGUCAUCCGCCUCACCCCAUGAAGGCUUGGCUGGUUGACCGCGCGCCCACCGCACUGUGGCCGACACAACGCAACACUGUACAUAAAACGGGGACCGUGCCUCUGCCCGCUUGGGGCCUCUUGUAUCUUCUGUGCCCGUUCCGUAUGUCCCGCCCGUAUGGCCGCCGUCCUGUGCACUAGCGGACUCUUUUCUUGGAAACAGGGUGGACGAAGGACCCUUGUACGUCGCGCACGCUGUAUGCCCCCGCCGCCCCCGCCCGUAUUUAUCGCCCCCCGCGCCUGUCGUGUGUUUCCCGGGGCCGCGCUACAUAGCAGGUGUAUUU